UGGGUAAUCCCGCACUCUGGGGGCUGGGGCACGGGUUCCGCGCCUUGGGUAGCCCGCGCAAGGCCGAGCCCGCAAACCUGCUCGCGGGGGCGGGCGGUUGGAGACGGCGUUUCGUAGAGGCGCCGCACCGGGUCGCCGAGCGCCCCUCGGCGGCGGCGGUUGUGAAAGCUGAGCGAGUUGAAUUUCCAUUCUUUAUGGUAGAAUGAAUGAGUUGUGGCUCAACCAAUUUGCAGUCCUCCUCUGGAAGAAUUUCACUUUAAAUAGGCGUCAGUUCAUUAUUUUAAUUGUGGAAAUCUCCUUGACAUUUCUGUUUUCUGCAUUGAUUUUGCUUGACCGCCACCAUACGAAAAAGAGGUUUCAAGAAGCCAUCCGUUACACUCCUCUUUCCAUGAAUCAACUGCCUGAUUUCCUCAAUAAUGCUAAAAUUACAUAUGAAUUGGUUUAUGUGCCUUCUGGGAAUGAUGUGGCAAAAAAUCUUACUGAGAUGGUGAAAACGAAUUUAAAUUAUACUUUUAAAGUUCGAGGCUUUGCCUCAGAAAAAGAUUUUGAGAAUUACAUUAAGUAUGAGAAUAAGUCUGUCCAUGUGCUGGCUGCUAUUGUAUUUGAUCCUGACUUCACAUCCAGCAGUGACCCUCUGCCACUUAAGGUAAAAUAUUGCCUGCGUUUUGGUAGGCUCAGUGGUCUCAGUAAGCAGUCAUCUAGGUUGACUUAUUCCUCCAGACAAAAAAAGUGGGAUACAGCGCUUCUCUUUCCACCACUUCCUUCUAUAGGACCCAGGAGCGCGAAUAAUACAGAUGGGGGACAUCCCGAGUACAUCAGAGAAGGGUUCCUGGUUGUGCAGCAUGCCUUAGAUAAGGCCAUCAUGAUGUAUCACAACGCCACAGCUACAGCAGGGAUGUUUCAGAAUAUCAACCUCUUUGUCAAGAGAUUUCCAUACCCAGCUUAUGAGCAUGAUGAGUUUGUGAUGAGUUUUAUGAUUAUCCUCCCUGUGAUAGUCUUACUUAUAUUUUGUCUAACUGAAUUUACCCUCAUCCGGACUAUUGUGUGGGAAAAGGAAAAUAGAUUAAAGGAAUACCAGCUUAUGAUCGGACUCAGUAAUGCAAUGCUCUGGGCUGCCUAUUUUGUCACAUUCUUAGUGCUGUAUUUAAUUAUGAUCUGUUUAGUGUGCGUGGUUCUAUUUGCCAAGAUUGCGUAUGUGCCAGUCCUCUCCUACAGCAGCCCAUCUUUCUUCUUCGUCUUUUUCCUGUAUUAUGUCAUCGCAGCAAUAUUCUUCGGCUUUAUGAUUAGCACUUUCUUCGAUCAAACUACUUUGGCUGUUUCUGUUGGAGGUUUCCUCUAUUUUCUCACCUUCUUUCCACAAGGAAUCAUCAGUAACAUCUAUACACAGAUGAGCCUCAUUCAGAAGCUGGCUUCCUGUCUCAGUUUAAAUAUUGCCAUGGCUAUGGGGAUUCACUUCGUGAGCAAGAUGGAAAUGAAGCGGACUGGUGUUAAUUGGAAUAACUUAUUUGAACCAGUUUCUCCAGAUGAUAACUUCAUUUUCCCCCAUAUUCUGGGAAUGCUUUUAUUUGAUGCUUUCCUAUAUGGCCUUGUGGCCUGGUACGUAGAUGCUGUCUUUCCAGGGAAGUAUGGUGUGCCCAAGCCAUGGUAUUUUUUUGUACAGCGCUCCUACUGGUUUGGGGAACCAAGCACUCUGAAGACAGAAGAUACACAAUUAAAUGAGGUGGUGAAAAGUGAUUAUUUUGAAGCCGAACCUGUUGGUUUGGUGACUGGUAUCCAGAUCAAACAUUUGUACAAGGAAUUCAAACUGAACAAUAAUACCAUAGUAGCUAUACAAGACUUGAAUUUGAAUGCUUAUGAGGGGCAGAUCACUGCUCUUCUAGGACAGAAUGGAGCAGGAAAGACUACCACUUUAUCCAUUCUCUCAGGUUUCAUUGUUCCUACCAGUGGAGAGGUCUAUAUUAAUGGAUAUGACAUCUCAAAGGACAUGGUGCAUAUCAGGAAAAACUUGGGCCUGUGUCCCCAGAAUGACCUGUUGUUUCAUAAUUUGACAGUAGCAGAACACCUGUAUUUUUACUGUGUGAUAAAAGGAGUAUCUCAGGAGACAUAUUCUACGGAUAUGAACAGAAUGCUGACUGCUUUUAACAUGCAAGAAAAGCGUGAUUCAUUUUCACAGUCACUGAGUGGGGGAAUGAAGCGCAAACUCUCCAUCAUUAUAGCACUUAUAGGGGGCUCCAAGGUGGUGAUCCUUGAUGAGCCAACAUCUGGCAUGGACCCAGUAUCCAGGAGGACUACCUGGGAUCUCCUUCAGCAGUAUAAACAGGAUCGGACCAUUCUACUGACCACCCACUACAUGGAUGAAGCUGACAUCCUUGGUGACCGCAUUGCCAUCCUGGUCCAGGGGACCCUGCAGUGCUGCGGCUCUUCAGUCUUCCUGAAACAGAUAUAUGGUGUGGGAUACCACAUAGUCAUGGUGAAGGAACCUAACUGUGAUCUUGAAGAAAUCACCCGAAUCAUUAGUUAUCACAUACCAGGUGCCGUUUUGGAGAACAAUGUUGCAGCUGAAUUAUCAUUUAUUUUACCUAGAGAGUACACAGACAGGUUUCAGGCUCUGUUUACUGAUCUGGAAAACAGACAGAAAAGUCUGGGCAUUGCCAGCUUUGGUGUCUCUAUCACGACCUUGGAAGAAGUUUUCCUUAGGGUCGGUCAGCUGGCAGAGUCCAAAACGAACACUGAGCCUAUCCGUCCUUCUUCUUCAAAGGCCCCCCAAACAAGACAAACCAAGAAUGAGAAUAUGAACGUACCCAGAAAUUUUGAGAGACCAGAUUCUUCCCUUGCCGAAGAACACUCUGAUACGGAGUUUAAUAAUGGGUGCGCUCUGUACUGCCAGCAGUUCCACGCCAUGCUCCUGAAGAGGGCGAUGUUCACUUGGCGCAACUGGAAUUUGGUGUUGCUGCAGAUAUUGGGACUCCUGGGUAUCGUUUAUCUUCUGCUUAGAGGUGUGAACAUUUCAGGAACUACUGAAGAGCCUACCAGGCAAAUGGAUUUGGAUCAAUAUGGUCAAACUACUGUCCUUUAUUCCAUUUCUGGAAAUUCUGAUGUGCCUGAGCAUCUCAUAAAAAAUCUCGAAAUCAUGCUGAAAGAUAAACAAAAACUUGAGAAAGUACAAGGUGACCUGGAGGAUUACUUGCAAAAUGAUAAAUGCAUUUACUCAUGCAUUGUCGCAUUUUCCAUUGAGGUUACAGGAAACAGAAUGAACAUUACCUUUUGGUUCAACAAUGAGGCAUACCAUUCAACAUCAUUAUCCCUGGCGAUAUUAGACAAUAUUAUUUUUAAGACACUUUCUGGCCCUGAUGCUUCCAUUACAGUCUCCAACAAACCUCAGCCUCAACAGACUACUAUUAAAAAAGAGAGAAGAUCACUACAGGGAAUCCAGGUAGCCCUGAAUUUGUUUUUUGGCAUGAGUAUUUUGGUCAGUGGCUUUUGUCUCCUAACAGUAUAUGAAAGAACCUCCAAAGCAAAGCAUAUCCAGUUUGUGAGUGGGGUCUAUGCCUUUAAUUUCUGGGUCUCUGCUCUGCUGUGGGAUUUCGCCAUCUUCUUCAUUUCCUGCUGCUUACUACUGGUAGUGUUCUCGAUAUCCAAUUUGGAUAUAAUGAUCCAGGAUUACCACUUUCUGGAAACAAUGAUGAUCCUCAUGCUGUUUGGCUGGUCUGUCAUUCCUUUCAUGUACCUGAUGAGUUUCCUGUUUUCUAGUAGCACCAGUGCCUACAUCAAGCUCGUCCUGUUGAACUACUGUUCAGGCAUUUUCAGUAUUUUAGUUGAUUUGAUCUUAAACUCAAGUAAGGAUAUUCAGAGUACCACUAAAACCUUCGUACUUAAUUCAUUCCUUCUGUUACCCAUUUAUAACCUUGGGAUGAGUAUCAGCAGAUAUUAUGAUAUGCUAGAGUUAAGGAAAUUGUGUUCCACCACAGGAAACACUCAUAGCUAUGUGGAUUGUAAUAAAGAAAUUUAUGAACGUAAUAUAUUUGGUUUGGAAGAUGAUGCAAUUGGAAAAUUUUUAAUUGCGAUGGCUGUCACAGGAUUUGUUUACUUCCUCUUGGUUUUCUUUCUGGAGACCACUUUAUGGAGACUGAAAUGCAUUGUGUAUCGUAAUAUUUUCUUUCCAAUCUACAAGGAAUGUAAUCAGGAUAUAGUGUCCACAAGUUUAUCUGGGGAAUCUGAAGAUGAAGAUGUAGAAAGAGAAAGGAAGAGAAUCCUGGAGUGGCGUCAUGAGUUGCUGAAUGUCAUAGUGAUUCUUAAGGAACUCAUAAAGAUAUAUUUUACAUUUCCACCUGUUCUGGCUGUGAGAAAUAUUUCUCUUGCAAUCCAAAAGAGGGAGUGUUUUGGAUUGCUUGGACUAAACGGAGCUGGCAAAACUACUACUUUUGAAAUUCUGACUGGUGAGGAGACUGCUACCUCUGGAGAUGUGUUCAUUGAUGGUUAUAGCACCACCAAAAAUAUCCGAAAGGUAAGGUCCCAAAUUGGCUAUUGUCCACAGUUUGAUGCCUUGCUGGAGCACAUGACUGCUCGGGAAAUAAUGGUCAUGUAUGCCAGGUUGUGGGGGAUCCCUGAGGCCAAGAUUUCAUCACAUGUGAAUCACUUGUUGAGCUCACUGAAUCUAGAAGCCAGUGCUGACAAGCUUGUCUACACUUACAGUGGUGGAGUCAAACGUAGGCUGAGUACUGCUGUUGCCCUAAUGGGAAAACCCUCAGUGAUUUUCCUGGAUGAGCCAUCAACUGGAAUGGACCCAGUAGCCCGACGCCUGCUCUGGAAUGUGGUAACAAGGACACGAGAAAGUGGCAAAGUCAUCAUCAUAACCUCCCACAGUAUGGACGAAUGUGAUGCCCUUUGUACCAGGCUGGCCAUCAUGGUAAAAGGCAAGUUCGUAUGCUUGGGCAGCCCUCAACAUCUCAAGAACAAGUUUGGCAAUGUUUACAUACUGAAGAUCAAGAUGAAAACUGGUACAGAUGAAGAUAAAAUAAAGAAUUUUAAAAAUUUCGUUGAAAACACAUUCCCAGGUAGUGCCAUAAACCAGGAGAAUCAGGGGAUUAUUAACUACUACAUUCCCAGCAAGGACAAUAGCUGGGGAAAGAUGUUUGGUAUUAUGGAGAAGGCUAAAAAGCAAUAUGAUAUAGAAGACUAUUCCAUCAGCCAGAUAACACUGGAACAAGUCUUUCUGACCUUUGCUAAAACAGGUGAUGAAAGUGAAAAACAGAUGCCAUGAGAUUCAGUUCCAACCUGUGACCCUUAAUAUCUCUUAGACUGCUCCCUACUGCACUUGGAUGCACAGAGGGACAUUCCU